AUGUUCAGUUCCUCCUCGAGUAGCAAGGACCAAGAUGCCAUGGUCUUGUCGUCCAUCCAGGUGGCCUCUCAGAAUUGGGAAGCCUUUCAAUGGAGUGGCAAGUUGGAUCAGUAUGGCGUGACACUGAACACCACCAAGGAAGCCCGAGAACAAGCCCAAGCGGCUCGCAAGGACAUUGUCGAUACGACCAAACAAUUCAAGCGUUCCGUCAAGGUGGUCGAAACUGCCAAACAAGGUUUAACAUCCUCGAAUACUCCCGAGACUGCCGCUGCCGCAGUGGCGGCCAUUGAUGCCAUGUCCAAGGAAUGCCGUGUCAUUGUCAAGGCAUAUCAGGGAGAGAUUGACAAUCUCACGCGACGCUGCAAAAACUCCGAGACUGCGUUUAGUAAUCUUUAUCAGGCGUUGACGGAAAUGCCAGAUCCGUCGGCCGUGCUCUCGACCGUCUUGGAACAGAUGCAAAAGCAACAAGCGGAAAUUGAAACGCUCCAAAAGACCAACGACGAAGUGCAAAAGGAGGCACAAAAACUACAAAAGGACAUGGCUCAACUCAAGAAAAACAACAAAAACGAAUCUGGUUUGACGCGACAAGAAAAGGAAGAAUUGAUUGAAUUGCGUCGCGAGGUGAUGGAAUACGAAAUUGAGACCAAGAAUCUCAAGGAUCAAUCCGUCACCGUGCGCAAGCUAGAAGCCAAAAUUGCCGAAUUGCAGGAAAAUGCCGUCAUUGAUAUGCAAGAAAAAUUAGAAAUUGCACAAGAAGAAUUGGCCGAAACGGAGGGACGUCGAGCGGCCGAAGCAUUGGAACGAGAAGCCGCCAUGGAACGCAAGGUCGAAAACUUGGAACUCCAGCUCAAGGCGGAACGGGCCGGACGAGCCGCGGCGCAGUCGCAUCUUUUGGAUGCCGAUGAAGGUGCCGGAGAGCGAGAAGCUGCCUGGGAAGCUCAACGACGCAUCUUGGUGGAUGAUUCCGAGAGGUUGCGUCAAACCUUACAUGUUGUGACGCGAGAACGCGAUGAUUUGGGCUUGAAGUUGGCGGCUGUUACUGGAAGAAGUGUAGGAGGCAAAACACCUCCCGCAUCGGGUGGAAUUAGCAUGGCAGAUUUCGUGUUGGAGCGAAAGGCAUACGAGGCAGAGGUUGCUGAACUCGCGCAUACGGCAAGUUCCCUCCGAGAAGAAUUGAAGGCCAAGGAUGAAUCCGUGGUUGAAGAAAGGAGAUCGUUGCAGGCAAAGGUGUCUGCUUUGGAACAGGACAAGGCCGCUCUUUCAGCGUCCGUGUCGUCCUUGGAAGGACAGCUGGCAGCCGCACCAACACAGUCACUUCUUAACAGCAUGAAAAGAGAGUUAAGGAUCCUGAAACGUUUGGAGUACAAUGCUGAUGACGUGGACGCUGCAGAGGAUCCGGAAACGACGGGAACCGGAAUCUCGGGAGAUGAUGACGACAAAGAUCUAGAGUCCGUGCUAGUGGAGAAGCUGCGACGUGCAGAAUCAGAUUUAGUGAAAGAACGAAAUUCGAGACUCGAACAGGCAAAGGAAUGUGAACGCUUGAGAUCAGAGAUGGAGGCUUCCAGCAAAGCCCAGACAGAAGCCGAGAAGCUUGUUCAAUCUCUCGAAAAAGAUCUUGAGAGAGCCAUCGUCGCACCCAGCACACCGACAGAUGCAGCCUCAAAACCCCGUCGCACUGCCAAUAUGCCAACACCCGUGUCCGAGGAGGAAGAAGCUUCUACUCUCAACAGCAUCUUGGAUCCAAACGCAACACCCCCACCACCUGUAGCAAAGCAGGCGCCGCAAGCCUCCGCAGCGGCCACUGAAAAGGCAGAAGAUGAUCAUUCUGUGGCUACCAUUGUAAUGGCCCAGCGUGAUCGUUUGAGGGCUAGAUGCGAGGCUUUGGAAGCAGAACGAGACAGUUUCAAACGGGAACUGCAGGUCCAGGUUCAAUCGGCAGAAUCUUUGAAGAGCGACAAUACCAAGCUAUACGAGAAGGUCCGCUACCUCCAAAACUUUAGUGGCACUGGUGGCAAUCGCGGAGGAGCCGGGUUCAACAAGCUAGGAGCGAAUGACCGUGAUUUGGACUUGGAAGCACUCGAGCAACGUUACGAAGCUUCGGUUGACCCUUUCCGCCAAUUCGGUCGGUCAGAACGUCAGCGCAAACUAAAGGAAAUGCCUCCAAUGGAACGCAUUGUCUUUGUUGUGGCAAAGACUGUUCUUGGAACAAAGGCGAUGAGGACCGCAUUGGUCGCAUAUGUGACGUGCCUUCAUUUGUUGGUCUUCAUAACUACAAUGCACUGGUCGCACAAUGCAACUUGUGAUCAUUCAGAUCAUGAGCAUCUUGCGCACUUGCCUCCUGUGGUUCAUGAAGCUGCAAAGAACUUGAAGGGAGGGUAA